AUGAGCAUUUUUGAUAAAUAAAAAGAAGAAGUAAAUUUUAAUACCAAACGUAGUGAUGCAACUUACAGAUGCAAUUUAUAAGAAUUAGAUAGUGGAAAUUCUUCCUUUGAAGAUUCAGUAACCAAACUAAAAAAUAUGAAGGAAAAUUAUCGCUUAAAAUAAGACCAUAUUAGAAGAAAGUUGUUAGAUAGCAUAGUUGAAAAGGAAUAUUUUUCAGAUAUAGAUGGGGGCAGGACUGAAAAAUACAAACCAAUUUUAGAUUAAAAAGAAACUAGAAGGAUGAAAUUUUUAUCCUAAAAUAAAAUAUUAAGUAUACCACGAGAUAUAAAGCAGACUCAAGAAAAUUCGUAAUUAGAGAAGCUGGUAUUUAAGACCUAAAUAAAAUAAUUCCUUAAUCAGAAUCAAGAAUAGCCCAUGAUUUAAGCAUAAAACACAAUUCUUAUUUAAUAACGUGAGAAAUCAAUGUAAAAGAAAAAACAAGAUCUUGAAGAAGAAAAGUUUUAUUGCAAAAUUUGUUACAAAUCCUUUGAACAUGAUUCACAAUUACUAAGUUUAAAUUGUGGCCAUAUUUAUUGCAAAGAGUGCUUGGAAGAGAUGGUAUUGUAUGCCAUUGAUGUUUCUGGAGAAGUCAACAAAUUAAAAUGUCCUGAUUCUAAAUGUACAGCUGUUUUAUCAAGAAAUGUCAUUCAAAAUCUGACAAACUCUGAAAUGUUCUAAAAAUACCUUGGAUUCAUGUUGAACUAUGAGUUAACUUUAGACAAAAACAAAAAAUUCUGUCCAUCCCCUGAUUGUCACAACAUAUUAGAGAAAAAAGGGUUAGGCUUUUCCUCUAAGAUCAAAUGUAAUAAAUGUAAUAAUGACAUCUGUUUUGACUGUCAAGCUGUUUGGCACUAGGGUAAAUCUUGUAGAUAGUAUUAAAACAGUACUACUGUUGGUUGGAUUUUGAAAAAAGAUGCUUAAAAAUGUCCUAAAUGCAAAGUAUUGAUUGAAAAAAAUGAUGGAUGCAUACAUAUGAAGUGCUACAAAUGCUAACAUCAUUUUUGUUGGGGUUGUGGAUUUCCAGUGGGUCAUAUAAUUCAUAAUAAGGAUAUCUAAGAAACCUUAGUUUAUGGAAUCUGUAUUGGAAACAAAUACAAAUCAGUAAGCUUUAGGAAGCUUAUCUUAAUUUAUCUGCUACUAUCAUUUGGAGCCCAGUUUAUAUCCUUUUUUUUGAUUUUUAUUGGUGCUGCACUAUUUUGGAUUGUUGGGCCGUUUUAUGUUUUUAAAAGUAUCACAGAUGAUUUGAAAGGCCCAAUGAUUAAAACAAUAGCUAUCUAUCUGCUGAUUUUUACAUAUCCAGUUUGCAUUUGCUUGGGGAUGCUUAGUGGUGUCCUUUUUGGAGCUGUGUAUUUGGGAUUGGCAUUCUUACCUCUAAUGAUUUUUCAUUCUUAUUAUUUGAUAAACAUUAUACGCUGGUGGAAAUAAGGAAGAGCUUAUAAAGGUUUAUGA